AUGUCCGGCAAGCAAGUCGCAAAGCAAGACACGCAGGCGGGCCGGCAGGUCGAGGAGCAGGAAUCGCAUGCGAGCGCGCAGGCACAGGCCGGACUCAACCUGAACAUACUCGGCGCCCUCAGCGGCGCGCUUUCCAGCCGGUCAAAGAGGACCAGCGAAACCCACGACGACGGCUCCUCGGCCUCGACUGAAGAGUCUGCGCACGCCGCGCGCGCAAACGGCGUCGGGGCUGGGAACUUCAGCGCUGUGGGGAGCGGGAAGGCCGAGGCGGGGCAGAGGAGGAUGAAGGAAGUUGAUCAUUUGGGGAUUCAGGAGUAG